UAAGGCCGGUUCCCGCUCACCGUGGGAAAAAAGUGAGCCAGAAUCGGUAUGCCGGUUCCCGCUCACCGUGGGAAAAAAGUGAGCCAGAAUCGGUAUGCCGGUUCCCGCUCACCGUGGGAAAAAGUGAGCCAGAAUCGGUAUGCCGAUUCCCGCUCACCGUGGGAAAAGUGAGCCAGAAUCGGUAUGCCGAUUCCCGCUCACCGUGGGAAAAGUGAGCCAGAAUCGGUAUGCCGAUUCCCGCUCACCGUGGGAAAAAAGUGAGCCAGAAUCGGUAUGCCGAUUCCCGCUCACCGUAUGCAAUAUAAUCAUUAUCAUCAUCAUGACAAUGGAUCAUUCUAGGGGGGUAACAAUGGGCCAUGCUUAACAUAUAUAAAAAUGCAAUAUAAUCAUCAUCAUGACAAUGAACCAUUCUAGGGGGGGUGACAAUGGGCCAUUCUGGGAUGAAGAGCAUGACAAUGGACCAUUCUGGGGUGAAGUACAUGACAAUGGGCCAUUCUGAACAUGUAUAAAAAUGCGAAAUGCUAUACGAUUAUCAUAUAUAGGGCUGAAAAUAUAAUAUUUGUACAAAUUAUGAAAAAUCGAAUAAUUUGAAAUAUUUACAAAAAUAUUUUAAGUUGUUUGUUAACAUGCCGGGUGUGUAUGGUUGAUAAGAAAAGAGUGCAGACGUUAUUUUUGCAACAACAGGAAUCCGUUAAAGAUAUGACAACCCACAUUGCUAAAAGGCCGGAUGGAGUCGGAUGAUAACAUGUAACCACAGUUGUUAUUUGUGUAAAUGUUAUCGCAUAUUUUUAAAACCCACAAGGUCUUGUUUUUGCAAAACAUGGAAAUCUUAUCUCUGAAAUGAACAACGUAACCGUGAGAAUGUAAACAUGUGAUCACGUUCGUGUUGCGUGGGGGUAACGAGCUGCGGAAUCCUUUAAAAACGGAGCAGCGCACUCCUUUGUCACAAUCGACAUCUGAAAGUCUUACAGUAAGUCAUAAGUUCGCAGUGAAGUGAAAAUAGUGAAGCAGGAUGGAUCUAGCCAAAAUAAACAAAUUCUCGCUUAUUGCAGAGAGAAAGCCAGUCCAAAAUUUGAGGGACCUACCUGUCGACACUCCAUUUAUAAUUUACUCGGCGAAAAUAGUAAAAAGCAAGUUUGGGGAGGUUGUAUUGCUUGAACUAGAAGAAAGCAUGGUUUUCCUACCUGACAGAGUGACAGCAGCCUAUAAACCAUUUGUACAAGAAUUUUCUACCCAAAAAUAUUCUCUAGUCUACAAAGGCGCCAUCAAUAUUGGAAAGCAACAUCCUGCAUCAUCUUUUGAAGUUAUUGAAAAAUAGAAGCAGUACACCAUCCGGACAACAGUCUAGCUUUAGAGGUACAUCCGCUGUAAACUAACCUCAGCAAAAACUUCAAGCUAGCAACAAUCAUCUGGAACAACAUCAUAGCAUCUCUCUGAACCAACUUCAAGCUAGCAACAAUCAUCUGGAAAACAGCAUAGCAUCUCUCUGAACCAACCUCAAGCUAGUAACAAAAAUUGGUGAGUUUUCAUUAUUAAACUUUAUUCAAUAUGAGUGGCAUAGGAGAAUUAAGUUGUGACAUUGUACAAAAUCUAAUUAAAGCGAGAGACAUUCUUUUUCAAAAUUAUACACCGCGAGAAGCAAAUAUUUGGCUAAAACAUAUUAAGAGGCAUUUAACAUUGUUUAAUAAAGCUAUUCGGUAUGGCGACUUGGAUGUACCAAAAUUGCGUCGAUUGCAAACAAACGUUGGACACUUAAAAACAAUUAAAGUGGAAAUUCAAAAUUUUUCUCAUCACGUGGGUGCUGGCAUGAAUAAACGCAACAAAGUUAAAUGGGAGGAGGUAACUUCAUCAUUUGCAAGUCGGGUUAGAACGGGAAUAAUUAUUAAUCUGGCUCAUAAGGACGUAAUGCAAUUUUUCGGUGAUUGUUUCAAGCUUUUUAAAAUUAGAAUUACAAAUAUUUUAAAAAAAUUUAAUGUAAUAAAAUGUAAUACCGCUUUUUGUGGAAAGUUUAUAAGAAAAGCAAAUCAGGGGGAAAAUAGCGAAUUUAAAUAUUUUAACACAAAAAAUGAAAUCAUAGACGCGGGAACAGACUUGACUUUGUGGUUCCACUCGAACGUAAUUGAUAAACUUAUGGCAAAACUAUCAGAGUUUGAGGAAAAGGGAUCAGGGUGGGCUUUGGAAAAAAUAAUAUCUUUGGAGGUUAAUAUUAACAAAUAUGAAAUCGGGAAUGGGGCUUCAUCCUUCAUUAAGCUACCGGAUCAAAUCAGAAAUAAAAACGCGUGUAUCAAUGUAAAAAACAAUGAUGAGGCGUGCUUUUUUUGGAGUAUAGUUUCAGCGCUGUAUCCCUCCAAAGCAAAUUCUGAUCGGACUAGUUCGUAUCCACAUUACACAACUGUCUUAAAUGUUGAUGGUUUGGAAACACCAAUGACUAUUGGAGGCAUUUCGAAAUUUGAGAAACAAAAUGACAUCUCUGUAAACGUAUAUGGGCUGGAAAUGAAUGUCGCUAAAGAAAAAACAUUUUACGUAACAAUACCGUUAAGGUUGUGUAAAAUUAAAUUAGCUAGACAUGUAAAUUUGCUGAUGAUACAAGAUAAAUAUUUUCUAAAAUUAAACGAUUAUGAGGCACCUAUUGAGGAUGAUGAAAUUGUAGAUAUCAAAUACCAUUAUUGCAUGAUAAAGAAUCUGUCUCGGCUUUUAUCCAGUCAAACAAGCAAUCAUAGCCAUAAAAUAUUUGUAUGCGAUAGAUGUCUAAAUUAUUUUAGCAGUUUUGACAGACUAAAUGAUCAUGCAAAAUAUUGUGAGAGAAUCAACGACUGCAAAGUUUCAUUUCCACCAUAUCAACAUGUUAAAUUUAAAAAUCAUGUGUAUAAGCAGACAACACCUUUUGUUGUCUAUGCAGACUUUGAAGCAAUGCUACAAAAAAUUAAAAAUGGACCGCUUAAAAGUAAAACAAUUAAACAUCAGGAGCAUAAAGCCUUUAGCGCCGGGUAUUAUGUCAAAUGUUCUUAUGAUGAAUCAUUAUCUUUUUAUCGAAGCUACGCAGGUACGGGCUGUCUCGAAUGGUAUGCCAAGGAAAUGGCUGAUUUGGCAAUGUUUGUGAAUGGAAAGAUAAAGCAUAUUGUGCCUAUGAAUAUUAAACCAAACACUAAUGGAGCAACUGAUUGUCAUAUUUGCGAAAAACCAUUUGUAGAAGAAGAUGUGGUUGUUAAAGACCAUUGCCACUUUACAGGAGCUUUCCGAGGAUUUGCACACCAAGUGUGUAAUCUUAACUUUAGAAAACAGUUUGUUGUUCCGAUUUUUUUUCAUAAUCUUAGCGGUUACGACUCACAUUUCAUGAUAAGGCAAUUGGCGAAAAAAGGAAGUAUCAGCCUACUCCCAAUAAACAAGGAAAGAUAUAUUUCCUUUACUCUGAACGAUACACAAUCCGCAGUUAAGUUGAGAUUCGUUGAUUCAUUGAGAUUUUUGAAUUCCUCACUGGAUAAACUGGCAACCACAUUAAAUACAGAAGAUUUAAGGUACUUGGCUCGAGAAUUUCCAAAUGCCGCUCCUGAACAAAUAGAGCUAUUGAGAAGAAAAGGCAUAUUCCCAUAUGAAUACAUUGAUUCUAUGGAUAGGUUAAAGGAAACUCAACUCCCAUCUAUUGAUAAAUUUUAUAGUUCGCUAACAAAUGAAAGCAUCUCUAAAGAUAUGUACCAACAUGCGCAAAACGUUUGGCAAUCAUUUGAUAUUAAAAAUAUUUUGGAAUAUAGCUUGUUAUACAUGAAGACCGAUAUAACAAAGAGUCUUUGACAUACAAAUUUUUCUUAAUGAAAGUUGAAAGGUUUAUAUAGUAUUCGCGAAAUUGUAAACUCUUCAACAGCAUCACUUUAUGGGACA